AUGCGGGAUCCGGCAUCCUACCAAUAUAACCUCGGCUCUUUUCACCGAAAGAUCACCACGUCUAGCUCCCACGCACAGACAUGGUUUGAUCGCGGCCUGAUAUGGAGCUAUGCAUUCAAUCACGAGGAAUCCGCCCGCUGUUUUGAGCGAGCAACCAGCGAAGAUCCAGCAUGCGCCAUGGCAUAUUGGGGUCUGGCCUUUGCCCUAGGGCCAAACUAUAACAAGCCGUGGGAUUUAUUUGAUGAGAAAGAGCUAAGGUCUACACUAAGCAGAAUAAACGAGGCCAACGAAAAUGCCAAGAAGCAUGCUACGGGUAAAUCCGACGCUGAAAGAGCCUUGAUCGACGCCAUUCAGGUACGGGUGCCAAAGGAUCUCAACGAAGCCGCGUUCCGUGCCUGCAACGAGGAGUAUGCGCGAGCCAUGGAGCAUGUCUACAAGCGGUUUCCUGACGACCUUGAUAUUACCUCUCUAUAUGCUGAUUCGCUCAUGAACCUCUCAGCAUGGGAUCUGUGGGACCUCCAGACUGGCGAGCCCACUCCCGGAUCUCGUUCACCAGAGGCAAAAGUGAUACUGGAAAAGGCGCUGCUGCUCGAUAGCACCCACGAGCACCCCGGGCUCCUGCACUUGUACAUUCACCUAAUGGAGAUGUCAAGAACCCCCGAAGCAGCGCUAGUCUGCGCAGAUCGUCUGAGAAAACUUACCCCAGACGCCGGCCAUCUGGUCCACAUGCCGAGCCAUAUCUGGAUCCUUGUUGGUGAUUACGGGCGUGCGAUUGACUCGAAUGCGGACGCGUGCCUUGCUGACGAGAAGUAUGUCGCCGAGCAUGGGACGCAGAAUUUCUAUUCGUUCUACAUGAUGCAUGAUUACCAUUCGCUCAUAUACGCAGCCAUGUUUGCAGGGCAGUUCAAGGUGGCAUUGAACGCUGUCGACCGCAUGGAGGCCUCGCUGCCUGUUUCACUAUUGCGCGUUGAGAGCCCACCUAUGGCAGACUGGCUCGAGAACUUUUCAUCGGUACGCAUCCAUGUCCUGGUCCGCUUCGGCCGAUGGCAGGAUCUUAUCGCUCUUGCCAUGCCUGAGGAUACGAGUUUGCAUUGCGUAACCACGGCAAUGAUGCAUUACGGGAAAGGCGUUGCCUAUGCCGCUACUGGCGAUAUCGAGAGCGCACAGAGAGAGCGCGCCGCCUUGGGUGCGGCGGUAGAGCGGAUCCCAUCGUCCCGCAUCUGUGGAGACUUCCCGAACAAGUCCAAUGUAGUGCUCAUGGUCGGUGUUGCAAUGCUGGAUGGUGAACUCGAAUACCGCAAGGGCAACUACGAGGCGGCUUUCAGGCACCUCGAGACGGCGAUGGAGAGAGACGACGCCCUGACCUAUGCGGAGCCAUGGCCUUGGAUGCAGCCAACCAGACAUGCGUACGCCGCAUUGCUGAUGGAACAGGGCCGAAUAGAAGAUGCGGCAGCGGCCUACAAGGCUGACCUGGGGUUCGACAACACUCUGCCUAGAGCGAGGCAGCACCCGAACAACGUGUGGGCUUUGCACGGCUACCACGAGUGUCUGGUGAAAUUGGGACGGACGGACGAGGCGGGCAUCGUUGGGCAGCAGCUGCGAAUUGCGCUUGCUGUGGCUGAUGUCUCUGUCAAUGCAAGUUGCUACUGUCGGCGGAGCGGAGGCGCGUAGGUAACGAGACGUGAGCAUAAAGCCUAGAGCCCCCAUGGCCAAGCAUCGCAUGUCUGCUUCCGUCUACACCCUUGUAUACAGCAUGUCCAGGUGGUGGUGGACUUGAGGGCGAUCAUCCAGCAUCGUGGGUCUUGGGGAACUGCUAUGCGGUGUAGAGCAC